GCAAUGCUGACCCCAAAGUUUCAGACAUGACAAACAGACAGUAAAAAAGCGAAGAUUGUGUGUAGUUUUUGCAUUAAUCCGCUUCUCUAAUCACACACACAAAGAAACGAACACAUCAGCGAGGAGGGGAAAAGAAUUGUAAUCUGUAAUACACGGAUUUGAAACCCAAGAAUUAGUAGUAAUUGAUGGGGUGAAUUGGAGAAAUGGGGUCUGCUAGUUAUGAUGAAGUCUCCCAGAAAACGCUUGAGGAUGACUUGGUUGGUGCUGGCGAUAGGCUUCUCGCGCUUCCUUCAUCAACUGAUGAGCUACUCAUCCUGCUUGGGGAAGUAGAGAUCCUUUUAGCCAAGGUAUGGCAAAAGCCGCCGAGGUCCUUAUGUUGUGCACUUCUUCCAGCCAUGAAGGCACUGAUCACUGAUGAGAUACUGCACCAUGGUGAUGUAAGCAUCCAAGUUGCAGUUGCAUCUUGUUUUAAUGAACUCACAAGAAUAACUGCUCCAGAUCCCCCUUAUGAAGACGAUGAAAUGAAGGUAUUUUUCCGAUUAUUCAUGAUUGCAUUUAAGCAUUUGCCCUGUGAGUCUGGUCGCAAUUAUUCUAGGGCUCAGAAGAUUCUUGAAACUACUGCAAGAGUCAGGUCAUCCCUGAUGCUGUUGGACAUAGAUUCUGAUGGGCUGAUUGUUGAGAUGUUCCAACUUUUUCUCAAUAAUAUUAGGUCCAAUCAUCCAUUUCUUGUCUUCAAAUACAUGGAAAUGAUCAUGACUUUAGUGAUAGAAGAAAGUGAUGAAAUAUCAUUUGAACUUUUGAGGCCCCUUUUAGCUAGUGUCAAGAUGGACAAUCAGAAUACUUCAUCUAUUUCCUGGGACUUGGGGAAAAAAGUCCUUGAAAAUUGUGCAACCAAAGUCCAGCCUUAUCUCAGAGAAGCAGUGAAGGCAAUGGAUCUGGCUCUUGAGGAUUAUGCUGAAAUAGUUACUUCUAUAUGCCAUGAUAUGGUGUCAAAAGCAGUUGCACCGACUGUUGGUGAUGGGCCAUCCCAGUUAGAUGGACUUUCUAAGAGUGCUCAUAAAAAUGGUAAUGAAACUCAAUUGGAUGAUGAAAAUUCAGUGGAGGCAUUAAAAGAUUGUCAGCAGAUCGGAAAGUCAGGGACGGGUAAUAGUGCUCUUCAAAAGAGAAGGGGCAGAAAACCUAGUUCUGUGAUAAGACCACAGGAGGGUUAUGAACAUACUGGGACAACAGGUGGCAAGUAUUCCGGUGAACUAUCCUCUGAUGGUUAUAAUGAGGAGAAGAAGGACUUGGCUUUGCCAUCAGAGCUGGGAAGCAUGAGCAUGCUAAGCGACUCUUCACAGAAAAAAGAUCGUUCUUCUUAUGAAGCAAGUCGACCCAAAAUGGGUCAGUCAAAGAAGAAAAAGAGCAUGAUUACUCAGCACAACAAUCUGCAAUUUCCGUCCACUGUGAAAAGGAACAUCCUGCAAAGUAAGCUGAAGGAGAGAGGUAACAAUGCCCCAAAGAAGACAGGUAAGAGAGCUCUUGCUGCAUCGAGUAAUAUCAGGGCUGAGAAGGAAGAAGGAAUCCUUCGUGAUACCCGCAUGAAAGCAAAACAUGAGUUGUUACCUCAAGAACAGUACGGAAGGAAAGAAAUCAGGGAAGAUUUUAUUUCUCAGAAACAUGUACAGGAUGACGUUGCCAACAAGAUAGAGGAGCUUCCUAUGUCUAAGCAAGCCAAGGACCCAAGGAAAGAAAAUGAAAAGAAGUCCAGGAGGUCCAGAGUUGAUUAUGGAGAGGAAUUAGUUAACUUAAGGAUACAGGUCUGGUGGCCGAUGGACGAAAUGUUUUAUCCAGGCACUGUUAAAGCUUUUGAUCCUGUGACAAAGAAGCACACGAUUAUCUAUGAUGACGAUGAAAUAGAAAUCUUGAACCUGAGAAAAGAAACAUGGGAACCGGUUGCUCAUGAGCAGCUUCGACGAAAACGAGCAUCCGACCAUCCAUCUCCUGCUAAAGAGCGUGUCAAGACUCAAGAAAAGACUGCGAGAGGGAAAGCAGGUUUAUUGAAAAAACAACAUGCUGCCUCAUCAUCCAAAAGAUCAAAAAGUGAACACAGCAGCAUCAUUAAGAAUUCUGUGCCCGACAUCAUUCAUCUGGAUGAUGAAUCCAACUACGAGAUGCACGAGACAAAUGUGUUUAGAAAGGAUGACGUAAAGCAUCACGCAGGCAAGGAAGAGUAGGAAACAUCGAUGAAGAGAACCGAAACACAUGCUAACAUGCAGAUUUCUUGACUAUUGUUCGAGGAAGUGGAAGUGGCCAAGAUCGGGGAGUGUAUUGGCCUUUUCUUGACUUGUUCCAACUUUGACAGCUAUUCAUUUCUGUGGUAUCUGUCAUAUCAUGUUGUCUUCUUAGAUUUCAUAGUACUUUGGCAAAUGGCUGUAUUUGGCUACUCUUCUUUGCAUUUGGUCCCUUGAUGCAUGGAUUAUGUAGAUUUCUCGUAGCAUGUGUCAGCAUGAGUUCGGUUUCCGAAAGUGUACUUUUGCCUCGCGGAAUAUUCAAGGUUUUGAUCAUAUCUAGGAAUUUUCGAAACGAUGGAUAGAUUAUCUUGAUAUGGUUUGUAGCGUUUGUAUGUAGAAUAUAUGCGUGUAAGAGAUCCUAAAUUGACUUGUA